AUAAAUUCUUAUCCACACUGACAAGUGACAAGGCUCAGAAUUGACAAGGCUCACAAUCUCAUCUUCAACAAACAACCUCAACCAAACCCAAACACAAACACAAACACAAACACCAACACCAAACGCAGAAAACAAAACAACGAUGGGCAAGGAAUCCGACUCCAACACGAAAAACGGUGCCGACGAGUUCAAGCUGGUCGGGUUCAACAACUUCGUCCGGUCCAACCCCAGAUCCGACCGCUUCACCGUCCUCCGCUUCCACCACAUCGAGUUCUGGUGCACCGACGCCACCAACACCGCCCGCCGCUUCUCCUGGGGCCUCGGCAUGCCCAUCGUCCUCAAGUCCGACCUCUCCACCGGCAACCUCUCCCACGCCUCCUACCUCCUCCGCUCAGGCCGCCUCAACUUCCUCUUCACCGCCCCCUACUCCCCCGCAAUCGCCGCGGCCUCCGAUAACGCUAAAUCCACCUCAUCCAUCCCCACCCUCGACCACUCCGCCUGCCGCGCCUUCGCCGCCUCCCACGGCCUCGCCGUCCGCUCCAUCGCUCUCGAAGUCCAGGACGCCGCCCAGGCCUACUCCGUCAGCCUUGCCCACGGCGCCAAGCCCUCGGCCCCACCGAUUCCCCUGUCAUCAGACGGUGCCGUUAUUGCCGAGGUGCAGCUGUACGGCGACGUCGUCCUGAGGUACGUGAGUUUUGGAAACCCUAGCCGUGACCCGGAUGGGUUCUUGCCGGGGUUUGAAAAGAUGGAUGGAACGGCGUCGUAUGCGGAUUUGGAUUUUGGGAUAAGGAGGCUGGACCAUGCUGUGGGGAACGUGCACGAGUUGGCGCCGAUGGUGGAGUACGUGAAGGGGUUCACCGGGUUCCAUGAGUUUGCUGAGUUCACGGCGGAGGACGUGGGGACGAACGAGAGCGGGUUGAAUUCGAUGGUGCUGGCUAGCAAUGAUGAGAUGGUGUUGUUGCCGAUGAACGAGCCGGUGUUUGGGACUAAGAGGAAGAGCCAGAUACAGACAUAUCUGGAGCACAAUGAGGGCCCCGGGGUGCAGCAUUUGGCGCUGGCCAGCGAGGAUAUAUUCAGGACGUUGCGGGAGAUGAGGCAGCGGAGUGGGGUUGGUGGGUUUGAGUUUAUGCCGUCACCGCCGCCUACUUAUUACCAAAACUUGAAGAACAGGGCGGCGGGUGUGCUGAGUGAUGAGCAGAUUAAGGAAUGCGAGAAGUUGGGGAUUUUGGUGGAUAGGGAUGAUCAGGGUACAUUACUCCAGAUAUUCACCAAGCCUGUUGGAGAUAGGCCAACCCUGUUCAUAGAGAUAAUCCAAAGAGUAGGGUGCAUGCUCAAGGACGAUGAAGGGAAGGCAUAUCAAAAGGGUGGUUGUGGAGGAUUUGGCAAGGGAAACUUCUCAGAGCUCUUCAAAUCCAUUGAGGAAUAUGAAAAGACACUUGAAGCAAAAAGCAUUGCUGAUCCAGCUGCUGGCGCUGCAUGAGAGCACCAUCCUUGGUUUUUGCAGCCUUUGUGUUGCGCUGUUGCAAAGGAGAAGUAGAAAAAGAAUAAGAAAAAUAAGCCAACAAUAGUGUUGAGUAAAUGAUGAAAAAUGCUAGCCAUGGGCGGUGGUUACGAUUUCAUAACUGUGUCGGAGUAUCUGAAAGUUGUAUAGAAGUAUACGAAGGUGAAUUGAAGUGCGAAAAGAGUGUUGAACGUCAAAAUUUGUUGGCAUUUUCAAUAAAGGCAGAAUCAACAAGUUAUUAGUGAGACUGUGUUUGUUGUGGUGCUUUAAAUAGAACUUUUGUCAUUGCAAGUU